AUGCCGAAGCAAGACUUCUCGUAUCAAGACAUGCUGGGCGUUGUCGCCGUUUGGUGUUCGUUCUUCGUCAUCAUCGGUAUCAUUACCGUCACUUGCGUCAACUUCUACUGCAUCCACGAUCACGAUGAUGUGACUGUUCUUGAAAAGUGGGGUCGCCGAAAACGUCUUGGAGUCCGUCUUGGAGUCCACAAUCGCGCCACCAUCGACGAACAAAUCGCUCUCAAGAAGUUCAAAAGCGAUCUCAAAGACUAA